GGAGGCUUGAUCCCUGCUGUAGCUUCCCCUGUCAGUAGCGAGUUAGCUGUCUUCGUGGGAGCUUCCGUCCAGCUCUUGUCUCAUUCGCUGCAUUUGCCGUACCAUUGCAAACUCAGGCUUUUAACAUGAGAGCGUUGGCGAUAUUGGUUAUCUGUGUUCUUGGAUCGGUAACAGCAACUCCAAUCAGGGACGUCACAACGAUUUUCAGAGCGAGAAAAGAAUUGGCAGCGUCGUGUGAGGCCACCGGACCCUCUGAGAGCGACCCGUGUGUCUUCUGCAAAUGCUUCUCGGGCAAAGGAUGUGUAGCAGUAUCAGCACGAUGCGACUGGGACCGCAACCAGGAAAAGUACGAGAGCGAGGGGUGCCGGGCCGAGUUCACCCCCGGAGUUUGCUGUCCAAGUGUCGUCUGUGGCGAGGGUGAGGUCAAGGACGCUUCUGUGACGGCCGGCGUCGCCACCGGAUUGGGAGAUGUCGAAGAAGGAUCGUCUGCGGUAGAGGCUGCAACACCAGAGCUGAAGGAAGAUGAGGGGGAGCGCGGAGGACAAGAUACGGUGUCCGAGGUUAUGACAGAGACCUUGAGCACCACUGAGGUGUCAGCGAUCACACCUGAACCGCCAGUCACCACAAAGGAGCCUGCGAGCACCAGUGAAGUGGUAAAAACUACCACUGAGUCACCAGCCACCACAGAAGAGCCCGCGACUACCACUGAAGUACAGGCCACUUCUGAGGCGCCAGUUACCACCACAGAGCCUUCGAACACGACCGAGUCUACGACUGAGCCCAAGAGUAUCGCGCUCACACCCGCGCCCGUGGUCGAUCAUACAGGCAGUGAAGCCGUCGAUAGCCCUUCUCAGUCAACGUUUUCAUCAGUUGAAGUAACAUCUGAAACUGCAAAGUCAGAUCUCGUGGGGUCGGCGAUUUCGGUACAGCUAUCGCAAACAGCAGAAGAAGACAAAGUAUCCACCAAUGCGCCUGAAGAAAAUGCCUCCGACGGGACAGUCAAGCCUGGAGACAAACAAAAUAUCGAACUAAAGGAGGACAUUCUAGACGAGGUCGAAGGCUCUGGGGGUUCAGACGAUUUGACAUCUCCUGGCGUUGAAACUGCGUCAUCCAUCCCAACUGUCCUAUCAGGCCAAGACACUGAUUCACUCACGCAACCUAUCGCUGAUUCAGCGCGUUUCGGAGAAAAUGAAGUCGCGUUAGUAGAAUUCGAGGCAUCUGAUGACGGAGCGGCUUCCUCUGAACUACACGCCGAAAGUGAUCCAAUGGAAAGCGAUAAUGUGUUUCCGGUCUCUGAAGAGUCCGACGGUUCCGGCCUAGGUUUGGAGCUGAACGAUGAACAGGAUACGUUUGUCGUUUUGUCUGGCUCAGAAGUCUAGAUGGAAUGGCUUGGAUUGGUAUGUAGGGUGUAUAAGCGAGCAAUAAAAAGUCGCUAGCAUUGAAUGCGGAAUGUAGUCUCGAAAUAAAUGACACGCCAGCCUGCAUGAUAGAAUGUAGUUGUUUGAUCGUGCAAAAAAGAAAAUACAAGAUAACGGAUGCCA